GAGAAAACAAAUCCUCACAGUGUAUUCACCAAGAGCCAUUUGCUUUCAAGUGCCUUACAGAUCUUCUUUGCUGGAGUGGAGACCACCAGCACGACACUAUACUAUUCUCUCCUAAUUCUCCUAAAACACCCUGAUGUCACUGCUAAGUUUCAAGAAGAGAUUGACCGUGUAAUUGGACAAAAUCGCAGCUCAACAAUGAAAGACAAGAGCUCUAUGCAAUAUACGGAAGCCAUAAUGCAUGAAAUUCAUCGAUUCACAGAUUUACUUCCAUUGGGUGUACCACGGAAAACAGUAAGGGAGGUUACCCUGAAAGGAUACACGAUACCACAGGGCAUCAAUGUUUUCCCAUUGCUCAGCUCUGUGCUUAAAGACCCAACCUGCUUCAAGUACCCAACAGAAUUUAACCCAGAGAAUUUCCUGAAUGAGAACGGAGAGUUUCAGAAGAAUGAAGCCUAUAUGCCUUUUGCUGCAGGGAAGAGAAAUUGCCCUGGAGAGCCAAUGGCACGAAUGACACUUUUCCUCUUCCUCACCACCAUCCUGCAGAACUUUGACUUGAAAUCCUCUGUUCCCCUUGAAGAGUUGGACAUUACGCCUCUCGUAUCUGGACUUGGAAACUUGCCUAGGAAUUAUAAAUGUGCAUUUAUAACCCGCUAG